AAUUGCAUUUUAAGAAUGAAGCUAUCACUUGUACUUCUAGUGCUUGUGAUCACGUGCUGCCUGUUAGAGGAGUCGUCUGGUGCCUGGAGACGAAUACGUCGGUGGCGAAUCAGGAUCAGGAGGCCUGCUGUCCGCACUCUGUCUUGUGACUUUACCGUUUGGGACAAAAAUAACGAUGGUCGUGUGGAUUUUGAGGAAUUCUCUGCUCUUGCUCAUUCAGUUGUAGCGUCGAAAGAUAUGGAAUCGGCUUUCCAAGCUACAGACACAGACAGUAGCCAGGACAUUUCGAAGUCUGAACUUCACAAAGCAGCUUUUAUGUUCGGUAAAUGUUAAUAUUGCUGAGAACAAAUAAAAGAAUUGACAGCAGUUAAUUUGAGAUAUUCUAGA